UUUCUGUUUUCAGUGUACAUAUUGUGUCAAUGUUUAGUGAAUAAAGUGAAUUUUACAUGUUUUUUUCGUAAAAUAAACAAUAGAUUCAUAUAAAAUUAACAUAAAAAUAAGUUAGUUAAUCUUUUAGGAGUAAUAUCAUGCUAUAGAAGAAAAAAUGGACGUCACACCAGUGGUAACUGUGAAAUGCGAGCCGGUGGAUGUACUCGAGCAAGGCGAUAUGGACCAGCUGCAGAACCACAGCGAGCCGGCACCAGGACACAAUGCCGUCAACUAUCCUCAAUACUCCCAACAAAUAAUAAACAAUAUGGCAUAUUAUUUUACGGCUAAUUCAUUGAACACUGAAAUUAAAUUGGAAACUGAUGUGAAACAUGAGCCUGAAGAGUCCGAAGAUGCUGAUGAAUCUAAGAAAAAGAUCAAAAAGGAAGAUAGAGUGAAAUGUCCGUUAUGCCCUAAGACGUUCAAAAAUCAGGCCAACAUGAAAAGUCACGUGACGCAUUUGCACACCGAGAACGCCGUGGAAUGUCCGCAGUGCAAUAGGAACUUUAAAUCGUAUGCUCACUUGAAAUCGCACGUCGAUAGCGUCCACGUGGCCGAGGGCGAAGCGAAAGCCUGCGACUUGUGCGGUAAAGAAUUCGCCAAUAAAAAGAAACUGAGCAACCAUAAGUUCUAUGCUCACUCCAAGCCCGAAGAAAGGGUGACUUGCCCAAUUUGCAAUAAGUCAUUUGCUAAAAAGUACAAACUAAGAGUGCACAACCGUAACGUACACAAUCCCGGCGAAGCAGCGAAAUGCCCUCAAUGCGAUAAAGAAUAUAAAAGCAAGAUGCUGCUCCGAAGGCACAUGCUGUGGAGCCAUCCGGAAGAGGGAAAAACAUAUGUGUGCGAGGACUGCGGGAAGGAGUUUCCUACUUUUCCCGUAUACAAGAAGCAUACCUGGAACGUACACGGCGCCAGUCGCGAGAUGACCUGCGAAAUAUGCCAUAGGACGUUGGCAUCGAAGAAAUCGUGGCUCCGUCAUAUGCGAUGCGUGCACAAGGACGGCAGACCUGCCGCUAAGCAGAUGAAGGUCGGUACCUUACCGUGCAUGAUAUGCGACAGAAAGUUCACAACGAACACAGCGCUUUAUUGGCACUUGGAGCAAACACAUUCUGAAGUCCAACAAAACUCGAAAACCUGCCCCAUUUGUUCUAAAAAGUUCACGGAAUACUAUGUGAUGAGGAGGCAUCUGGAAAUGGUGCAUCCCAUCGAAACUGCGACCUGUGAGAUCUGCAAUAAGACCUUUAAAUCUGCCGCCAACCUGGAGAGCCACAUGCGAGUGACCCACGCCCCGCCAGAAGCGGCCAAGCAGUGCGACAUGUGCCAGAAGAUAUUUAAAUGCUCGAUGCACUUGCGCAUUCACAUGAACACCGUCCAUCCGAAGGACGGUAAAGCAACUUGUGACAUAUGCAACCGGGAGUUUGCAUCGAAACGAUAUCUAGCCUCGCACAAGCAAAUACACGUUAAAGUCAGACAGUUUCACUGUGUGAUCUGCGGCAAGUCCUUUAAAAGGCAGGUGGAUCUGAGCAAGCACACGAGGAAAGUUCACAAUAAGAAAAAACCUAAAACUGAAGAGGUGCCAGUAUCUAAGUGUCUGAAGUGCGGUACAUGUUUUACUAAUGAUCAGGAGUUGCAUGAGCAUAUAGUGUCAUGUGAGAAUACCGGGGUCAAUCUGUCCAUAGUGAAGAUCGAAGUUGAGGAGUUGGAUGAAGGGCAAGAGGUUUGCAUGUGACAGAAGACGAGACAAACUUAAACUUGGCCGAUGGCACUUCAAGCCUGAAGAUUGAGAUUGUCCCAUUAAAACUAUUGUAUUAGAAACAACUCCACUGCUGAAGAUACCUGUUGAAAACAGCUUGCAUUCUGUGAUCUUACUCGAGCCUCAUAAAUGUGUUACAUACAAAAGUUAAUGAACUUUUAGAGUGUAUUGUAAAAUAAUUAUAUUCUUGAUAUUGAUGUCAAAGCUGAGCCCGCUAUCAUGUGGGAUGAAUAGUUAGGAAGAAUGAAGGAGAAGAGGUAAGGUUUUAGAAGUUAAGAAAGUUCCAGGAAGGCAAUUCCCUUUGCACACUUAAUGAUUUUUCAUGUGUGACUCACGGAUAUGAAUUUUAGUUGUUUAUGAAGUGAGUUCAUAUUGGCUUCUAAUGACUAGUGUGAGAAUCGGUUGUACUUACAUGUUGUUUGGUGCCAGUCCAAUAGGAACACAAAUAUAUAUAUUGAUGGGUGAAAGACCAUUUUGUUUAAGCGACAUUAAUCUUUGUAAUUAAAGGUUCGUUUUAUUUGAU